AGACCCAAAGACUUUCCAAGUCUCCACAGCUCCACUUGAAGCAAGCAGACAAUGUGACCACUGAUCCUAUAAUAUAUAAAAAACACCAUUAAUUAAUACUCUCUAAUAAUUCAAGCAAUCACACUACUCUUCAACCAACCAUGUUAAUCUUCAGUUUACCCAUCUUUUAUGUGCUCCUACUCUUCAUAUCCAUCAUUACCACCACUGCACAACCAUAUAAAGCCACCGAUCGCUUCUUCAUCGCCUGCGGUUCAUCCUCAACCACCACCACUUCUGACCCGAGAUGGGAUGAUGAUCAAAAUUCUAAAUUUGUCCCUAACAACAUCAUCACCACUUCUUUUCCUUCCACUCCCUUCCAAUCAGAUCCUUCAGUAUCCGGCAUCCUCCCUUAUACUUCUGCCCGAAUUUUUAACGCUUCUUCGUUCACUUACACAUUUCCAGUCUCCCAAGGCCCGAAAUUCCUCCGCUUAUAUUUCUAUCCUGCCACCUACUCCAACCUCAAACCAGAACAAUCUUUCUUUUCAGUAUCAUCGAAUGGCUUCUCUCUCUUAACUAACUUUAGCGCUUUCCUAACCGCCUCUUUUCUGGCUCAGGCCCGCUUAGAUGCAGGAGUUAAUGGACCCCAGGUUCCAAACUUUGUCAAAGAAUUCUUGAUCUAUAUAAAAGAUACACAACUCCUAAACGUUACCUUCACACCCUCACCCAACUCAUAUGCCUUCAUCAACGGUAUUGAAAUUGUUUCAAUGCCGGAAGAUCUGUACUUUAACUCUAUGAACCUGAUACCUGUUGGGAUGACUACAGCACCUGAUAUUACAAACGACCAGGCACUUGAAAAUGUUUACAGAUUAAAUAUGGGUGGGGGACAUAUAUCUAGUAUUGGAGAUACCGGUAUGUACCGGUCAUGGGAUCAAGAUAUUAACUACAUAUACGGAGGAGCAAUUGGGUUGACACCGUCUUAUGGUCACAAGCCCAUUACUUAUACAACGGAGACACCCAAUUAUACUGCACCUGAGGAAGUUUAUCAAACCCAACGGAGUAUGGGCAAUCUGUCUGACACGUUCAAUCUAACCUGGAUACUUUCUGUUGAUUCUGGGUUUUAUUACAAUAUCAGGCUCCAUUUUUGCAACAGUAUACCACUGUACACAAAACCAGGUCAGGUGGUUUUCAAGAUCUUCAUUAAUAAUCAAACUGCUGAUGAGGAAAUUGACGUGUUCCACUUAACAAAAGGUAGUGGUUAUCCUGUAUUCAAGGAUUAUGUUGUGUUUGUUGAUGACCCAUAUCGCAACAGAGGCAAGCAAGAUUUGUGGGUUGCUAUGCAUCCUAAUCCCAAUACUGAAGUAUAUCAUGAUGCUUAUUUGAAUGGUUUGGAAGCCUUUAAGUUAAGCACGGAUAGAAGUCUUGCUAGUCCAAACCCGGAACUUAGCUCUACAACCCCACCAACUCGGCAGACAACUACUGUAAAAAGGAACAAGAACAAACCUCCAUAUGCCGCGAUAAUUGGAGGUAUCGUAGGAGCGUUAGUCUUGUUGUCUAUCUUAGUUCUCAUAGUUUUCCAGAAGCGGAGACGAGUCAAAGAUCAUGGUGCUGGCACCGACGACAGGUCAUCAUACGAGCCAGCGUAUAGUGAAUCAAAGUCUUCACAAUCAACACUGCCAUCAGAUAGAUGUCGUCGCUUCUCACUUAGAGAAGUGUUAGCAGCUACAAAUGAAUUUAAUGAUGAUUUCGUCAUAGGCAACGGUGGGUUUGGUAAGGUGUACAAAGGGUACAUGGACGACGCUGCAACCGCUGUUGCAAUCAAACGACUAAAUGAAUCAUCCAACCAAGGUUUACAAGAAUUCCAUACGGAAAUAGGGAUGUUGUCUAAACUACGCCAUGUCCAAUUAGUGUCCCUGAUUGGAUACUGUGAAGAUAAGGGAGAGAUGAUACUAGUCUACGAUUACAUGGCUAACGGGACUCUACGCGAACAUUUGUACAAGACAAACAAGCCCCCACUGCCAUGGAAAAGACGUCUCCAAAUUUGCAUUGGUGCAGCUAAAGGGUUGCAUUAUCUCCACACGGGUGCAAAACGUGUGAUAAUUCAUAGGGAUGUCAAGUCCACAAAUAUCUUACUUGAUGAAAAUUGGGUUGCUAAGGUAUCCGAUUUUGGUUUGUCAAAGCUAGGCCCUAGUGACCAAGCACAAAACCAUGUUAGCACGGUAGUGAAGGGUAGUAUCGGGUACGUGGAUCCCCAAUAUUACCGAAGCCAAAAACUUACAGACAAAUCUGAUGUGUACUCAUUUGGUGUUGUUCUGCUUGAAGUGUUGUGUGCAAGACCAGUUUUGAUUCCCGGGCUGCCCAGAGAACAGGUGAGUUUGGCAGAAUGGGGAAAAUAUUGUCGUCGGAAGGGUACCCUGAACAAAAUAAUUGAUCCAAAAAUAAGGGGUGAGGUUGCACCUGAGUGUUUAAAGCAGUUUGGAGUGGUGGCAUUUAGUUGCUUGAAAGAACAAGGAAGUGAAAGGCCAUCCAUGGACGAAGUAGUUUGGGGGCUGGAGUUUGCAUUGGAGCUACAAGAAUCUUCUGAGAAAACAGUUGGUGAAGCCGUGCCUGAAAAUCAAGAAUUUCCGUUUCUGAUGCAAGGGGCGACAAGAGCAACAACACCAACAACAGACGAAGAUGCGUUCACAGGAUCAAGCGCGAUAAGAAAUGGCACAUCGUCGAUUAGUAGCAGCGAUGGAGGGUUCAAGUCAGAAACAGUUUUCUCCGAGAUUCUGAAGCCAGCUGGAAGAUAACAUGUAAGUUGGAAUUAUAGAGCCAAACUACAAACAAUCAACGUUAUAUUGUGGUAAAAUUAUACGUAAUUUCCAGGGCUCUCUCCCUUUACAUAUUAAUGUUUAAUAGGCACCAUGUAAUGAAUAAAUUUCAUACAAUUGUGAUAUCAUUCCCUAAACCCUUGUUACCUUUUCUAGUAAUUAAGAAUAUAUGAGUUCUCGGGUUACAGCUGAUUGGUGUCAAGUGAGACUUAUAUCAGGAUUAAUCUACAAACCGCUCACGAGUUGCAAAUCA